AUGGCUCGCAAAAGGGCGCUCGUCGGCGAGUUCGUGGGCACCUUCCUUCUGAUGUUUACCCUCGGCUGCAACGUCCUCAGCGGCACGGCAGCGGCGGGCAGUUCGAUCGGUUUCUCCCUCAUGGUCGGCAUCUACGCCCUGGCAAAAGUUUCUGGAGCGAACUUCAACCCCGCUGUGUCUGUCACGCUCGGCCUCGUCGGCAAGUUGCCCUGGGCUGACGUCUUCCUCUACUCGUUGGUGCAGACGUUGGCGGGCGCGCUGGCGGGCAUCCUCGCCCGCGCGAUCUUCAAGAGCUCGGAGUUUGCCCUCGCCCUCGGGCCCGCGGAUGGCUUCGAGUGGUGGCAGGCAGGCGUGUGUGAGCUCGUGUACACGUUCAUGCUCUGCUUUGUCGUUCUCAAUACUGCCUGCGCCGCGGCGAACGCGAGCUCUCAGUUCUACGGCCUCUCGAUCGGCCUCGUGAUCGUGGCGGGCGCGUUCGGGGCGGGCGCUGUCUCCGGGGGCUGCUUCAACCCCGCCGUGGCGUUCGGCGUCUACGCGGGCGGCAACCACAGCCCCGGCAGCCUGAGCUACUUCCCCGUGUACGCCGCUUUCGAGUUUGUGGGCGGUGCGCUGGCGGCAUUUCUGUUCAAGCAGGACGCGGAGCUGUCCCUGGACCAGUCCGCUGGCACCGCCUCCGCUGGCACCGCCGAUGCGACGGGUGACUUCGACGCUGCCGCUGGUGAGGUCAUGCAGAUUUUCGUGAAGACGGUGACGGGGAAGACUAUCACCCUGAGCGUGCGAGCCAGCGGCACCAUCGAUAGCGUCAAAGCGAUGAUCCAGGAUAAGGAGGACAUCCCUUCCGCCACGCAACGCUUGAUCUUCGCCGGCAAGCAGCUUGCAGCUGGGCGCACGCUGUCGGAUUCCAACAUUCAGAACCACUCGACAUUGCACCUCAACCUCGGCCUGGUCGGGGGCAUGCCGAGGAACGGCGCGGGCCUCCCCCAGGCAGAGAGCUGGGAUGACAGGCCGCCAGAACUGACCCAGGAAGGGUGGGCGCACAAGUCCCGCACCGAACACCCGAUGAGAAAACUCACGGACGGCGAAAAGCAGCAGGUGAGAGACGAGUACACGCAGAUUGUGGGAGACGGACAGGGCGGUGCCGCGCGAGCGUUUGCACAGCGCCUCCGAGAGCACGAGGAUCACGCUCGCGACGCGGGCGCCGUUGGCCGCGCUGCUGAACCUGAGCCGUAUCGCAUCGAAUUCGGGCAGCACAGGAGAAAGACGGUGGCAGAGGUGGCGACAGGGUUUGGCCACAAGCAGCACGGGUCCGAGGACGACAAGAAGCAGGGGAUGGACUACCUCGCUUGGGCCGUCGUGUCCAAACUACAUCACAAGUACCCCAUGUUUGAAAAGGCGCUCAGGGACGAGGGCCUCUGGGAGGAGGUUGCCGCCAAGGCGCCGGCCAAGAAGACGGACAUGCAAGAGGCCAUCGUGCUCAAGAGCCAGGAGCAGGAAACUCGGAUCGCUGCCGGGGAGACGGUGCACAGAGAGUUGGUGAAGUUGCGAGAAACGCAGAUGGCGAUCAUCUCGCAGGAGGUGGGGGCCGAUGGCGCCGUGGUGUCUUCUUUUGAUGCGACGGCGGCUCCUAAGCGGAAGCGCACGAGGGAGCACAGGGCACAGGCGAAGACGCUUAUCUCCCAUUGCAGACACUGCGGUAAGUUUGGGCACAAGAUAAAGACCUGCCCCCUCCUUCAAAAGGAGGCUGCAGACGCAGCCGUGGUUCGGCCCGAUGGCGGCGUGGACCCUCUGCAGAGACGUCUGUGGCGCACGGUUGCUCACUUGAAGUACACGUGGCUGCAGAACAGGACCCCGCUUUACGAGGGCAAACCGACCAAGCGUUGCAGGGUGCCACUGGCGCGCAGAUCCGUGUCUUACGACGAGCUGGCGCGCAUGACUGUUCGUGGAUGGGUACGCUUCGCCUUCGACAGCAGCCUCCUGCACGACAUGCGCGGCGAGCCGUGCCCCGACCCUACAUGCAAGGAGAAACCCAGCCGUUUCAGCAUCGGCAAGCCGAGCAUUCUCGGGCCGUGGCGCGUGCGCAAGCAGGUGGCAGGGAAGGUGGAAGACGUUGGUCGCUGGGACGCGAUCUAUCGCUGCGAGCACUGCAGACACUCCUACACAGUGUUCGGCGGACACGCGCUGUUCGCCCACGGAGACCUCAUGAGCCAGGCGUCGCGCGCUUUCUGGAACUACGUGCAGGGUGUGGGCAUGACGUGUUCCGCCUUGCAGAUGCGCCGCUCGGAGGACUUGAUGCGCGAUUGGUGCGGGGUGGCGAGGGAAGUGGUCGCCUGGGACGCUGUCCGGAGGCAGGAGCGCAUCAUCUUCGGGAAGAAGGGGCCGCUCACCACCACUCUGGAGUACGACGAGUCCUCGUUCGGCUCGUGGGAGACGGUUGAAGAGGGCCGCCGAGUGUUUCACACCUGGGUACUUAUCGGCAUCAUGGAGAGGGGCAAUCCAGAGUCCAUGUGGUUCGAAGAGUACGGAGUCACCACGUCUCACGACGUGCACCGGUGCCCCCCUGCCGAGAAGGCCAGGUGGGUGGAGAUCUGCAACCGCCUCUUUGACAAGGACACCCUAGCCAUCGGAAUGUCGGACGAGGCGAAGUGCUACGACAUCGAACACGAAGGGAUUCUGCAGCACUACACCGUCAAGCAUGUCGAGAAAGAAUGGAGCCGCCCAGAGCCCGCCAUCCUCGCAAACGUGGAGACUCGCGAGACUCUCCCUGGAAUGGCAGCGUGCGAUUGGCAGCACCACAUGGCCCAGGCGCGCGCCGCGCAGGACCCGGGCCUCACGUCUGGCUUCGCUCACAAGGUGGGCAAGGCCCGAGGCAAAGCACGAGGCAAGGCGCGUCUCCCGCUGGUCGACGAGGCGGCAGCGCUGGCCGCCAAGGCGGUGAGCGAGGUGGACUGCAGCGGCGAGGAGGGCCCCCCAGUGCUGAAGCGGCCCGCGAGGUUGACGGCGGCGCCAGCGGCCGCUUCGACGGGGGCGCCACAGGCCCCCUCGACGGCGCCAGUGCCCACGCUGCCGAUAUUGGAAGACCCUGGCGCUGCCGCGGAGGAGUCGGACGGCGAUUCCGUGGAGGAGAUGGAGGCCCCUGCGCUGCUGCCCCCGGAUGGCAAUGGCGAUGGCAGGAUCAGCUGCGCCCCAAAGGGGCGCCAGGUGCCGGCGCCUCCGUGGUCCAACGAUGUGCGGACCGGGGCAAUUGCAGCGGGGCACGGCAGGCAGCGCGCUUCCACCUGCGGCCUCCAUGCCCUCCAGCAUCUCCUGGCACGCACCGGCCCUGAUGUCGUGCUCACCCGACAGGCGUUCGAGGCGCGGUGCAGGUCCGACGAGGUGGACGCUGAUGGCAAUUACGAGUUCAGGGCCAUGCAUCGCAACUUGUACGCUUUCCAGUGCUGCGUGGAGCCCAUGCUGCCCGAAGUGGUCGAGACCGUGACAGUGCAAGGAGAUGACGGCUCAUGGCCAGCAUUGUUCGCGGGGGGGACCUCGGAGGGAGCAGCAGAGGUUCUGGGCUUUCUGGUGCAUGUUCCUGGGCACUGGGUAUCCGUGGUGCCUCCCUGUCCUGGUUCCGGCGGCGAUUGCGCAUGCUUGUUGUGCGACAGCCUCUUUGACGUCGUCUUCGCCCUCCGCGGGGAGGAGUUCGCUGACUUCCUCGAAGCCAUGGGCGCGCACCAGCUCAACAACGGGCAUGGCGGCCGGACCGACCAGGACGUGAGCCAGGCGGCCAGAGGGGAGGAUCCCUCGAGCUCCUCGGACGCCGCCGACGUCGGCGACGAGGACUUGCGCGAGUUGAUGCGCCAGUUCGACAGCGUCCAGCAGCUGCUCACCGUGGCGUUAAACGGCCCAGAGGCUGGCCGCCUCGCCCGGGAGACGCUCUUCCGGCGGGCCGUGGCGGGCUCCGGCGCGGACCUGCGGGAGGUGUACGGCGCGGCGGCCCCCGGGCCCGCGGCGGAGGCCGCCGAGCAGGCCGCGGAGGCGUUCAUGCACGAGAUGGAGCGCUGGAGCAUCGACCUGCAGAGGCACUGCCCGUCCGACUGGAACCAGUUCAGCGCCGUGCUGCUUCAGUGCCUCGCCGGCGGCGGCGCGGAGCGGGGCGCCAAGGAGGAGGCGUUCACCAUCUGAGCAGGCUCGCGAGACUCGAGGACAGGGGAACGUGAUAGGUCCGUGCUGGCUCCUUAGAGCGGCGCUCAACCCGUCUCCCUGGCGCGCGGAGCGCGACGGAGGCGGCGCCCGAGGCGGCGCCAGGGGGGGGCCGGCACCGAUCCAAGAAAUCCGCGCGGACUUCCGGGAGGAAAGUCUGCACCUAUGCAGUUUGUUGUUCCUCCAGAAACACCCCGUAGGGCAAAGUAGAGAUGAUGAUGCCAGACCCGCCCCAUUACGAGUAGGGCCGUCAACGCUGCGGGCAUUCAUCCCGAGUUGAAUAUAGAAGAAGAGACAACUGUAAAAAGAUACACUUUCGGAAGUCCACGCGGACUUCUGGAAGUGUAUGUUUAUGCAGGUCUUUCUUCUUCUAGAGUAGGCACUUUGAUGCUCCCUUGUAUCAGCAUUGCUGCUUGAAUUUAGCGUGCGCGACCGCAGCUCGAGGCGCAGAAAGUCAGCUGCGAAGGCUGUGCUAUCGCGCAUGCCGCCGCGCGACGUUGUUUGUUGGAGAGCGCUCGCUUGCCCGCGGCAGCUGCGCUCUCUCUCGUCGGGCGGGCGAAGAGAAGUCUGCACACGCACCGAGCCUGGCCAGGCCCGGCCUGGGCCCAGGACCGGUGCACGCCUUCCUGGCCACUGCAGGAGGGCUUUCGCACCGAGCCUGGGCUCAGCACUGGCCCGGCCAAGAGCACGUGUGCACAGUUCUCUUUCCUCUCGCUCUCUCUCUCUCUCUCUCUCUCUCUCUCUCUUUUCCCACUGGCUGCCUCUCCUUGCCUUGCCACCUCCGUCUCCUUCGAUGCGCCCUUCAGAAUCUGCGUUUGACAGGGCAGUCUGUAUCGAGUGACUGCUUGAGCCGGAGAAGUGAAGACGGCCUAAUGCGUGAACGUUCGGAGGUCCGCGCGGCUUUCUCGGGCCUGCGCUGGGCCCCCCCCCCCCGGCGGCUCCUCCGGCGCAGCCCCUGGCCCACUCCGCGCGCCAAGGAGGGGUCCAGCGCCGCAAGAAGUCCGCGCGGAGCUCUUACAGUUUCAGGCUGUGCCGUUGUUCCUUCUUCUACUGAGGAGUGCCAUCUUGGCACCUCACGUCGUGCACUGUAGCAUGGAUGUCUAGGACUUGCACACUUCGGGCGCACCGAGGCGCCUCCGCCGGGCGAACGCUGCGGGGCGGCGUUCGGGAUCGAGGCUUCCUGACGCGAGAGUGCCCCUCUCGCAACCAGGUUCGCAGUCGGAAAGAGAACCA